AUGUCAAGCAAACACUCUGAGAAGAACUUGCCAUGGGUUGAAAAAUACCGUCCAACAACACUUGAAGAAGUUUAUGGUCAACAAGACGUAGUUGAUACGGUUAAAAAAUUUGUUCAUGAAGGGAAGUUACCCCAUUUACUAUUCUACGGGCCGCCAGGUACUGGUAAAACAUCGACAAUCAUAGCAUUGGCCCGAGAAAUAUACGGGCCAAACUAUCGUAAUAUGGUAUUGGAAUUGAACGCAUCCGACGAUAGAGGGAUUGAUGUUGUUAGAAAUCAAAUCAAAGAUUUUGCAUCAACAAUGCAAAUUUUCAGCAAAGGGUUUAAAUUGAUUAUAUUGGAUGAAGCCGAUGCAAUGACAGGUCCAGCUCAAGAUAGUUUAAGAAGAACCAUUGAAAAAUAUACUAAAAACACCAGAUUUUGUAUAUUAGCAAACUAUGCUCAUAAGAUAAAACCGGCAUUAUUAUCAAGAUGCACCCGAUUCAGAUUUCAUCCUAUACCUGAACAAGCGAUCCAAGAAAGAGUUAAGAACGUUAUCAUUAAGGAAAACCUAAAAUUGAAUGAGGAAGCUGAAGCAUCGUUAUUGAAAUUAUCGGGUGGAGAUAUGAGAAGAGCCCUUAAUGUAUUACAAGCCUGUAAGGCAGCAUUGGAAACUGAAGACGAUGAAAUCGAUACUAAAAUGAUAUAUGAGUGUGUUGGGGCCCCCGAUCCAAAAGACGUUGAAACGGUGCUUGACUCUAUCUUGAAAGACGAUUGGACUACGGCCUAUAAGACUUUGAAUACUUUCAAAGUUAUUAAAGGAUUAGCCCUCAUUGAUUUAAUAAGUGGCUUUAUAGAGAUUUUGAACAAGUUUGAAUUGAAAAGUAGAAGUCGUAUUGAAAUCUUAAAGGGCCUAAGUGAUAUAGAAUAUGGAAUUUCCAAAGGUGGUAAUGACAAGAUUCAAAGCAGUGCCAUAAUUGGUGUCAUUAAGCAAGCAAUGGAAAAUGAAGCCUAA